AUGCCGCGCUCGUCCGCGCGCCAAGCCCGCCACGCUGCGGCUAAACGCGCUUGUGCCGGGCCGCCCGCCAGCCCGCGCUUUCGCAGCGCCCACGUCCGCCAGGGGGCGCGCGGCGGAGGUUCCCGGCGCGAGGCCGAGCGCGCGGGGCCCGGGGCGGACCCUGAGGAGAAUGGCUCUGCGCACACGCAUGUCACAGCAGUCGAAGUUAAGUAUGACUUGCGCUUCAGUCACAUUCAAAGGAAUUAUUUAUCAUUGAAGCAUGUAUUUUUUGAAGAUAAUAUAGAAGGCUGGUGCACAUCCUUCCUUUAUCCUCCUAACCCAAGCCAAGGACCCCGGGAAUUUGCAUAUACCGACGGGGGAAGCCCUGGAUACCACAAAGAGGGCUUCCUGGCCAUACAGCAUGCUGUAGAUAAAGCCAUCAUGCAGUACCACGCUCGCGAUGCGAUGACCAACAUGUUUGAGAGUCUCAAUGUGCUUGUGAAGAGAUUCCCAUAUGGAGCCUAUAUCCAGGACGGGUUCUUCCUUGUCCUGCAGAACGAGUUCCCUCUGCUCCUCAUGCUCAGCUUCAUCUACAUCGAGCUCAACAUCAUCAACUCCGUUGGACUGGAGAAAGAGAAGAGACUGAAGGAGUACAUGUGCAUGAUGGGACUGGAAAGCUGGCUACACUGGGUUGCUUGGUUCAUCGUGUUCUUGAUUUCUGUCUUCAUUGCUGUUUCUUUCAUGACCAUUCUCUUCUGCAUGAAGGUGGAAAAUGUGGCCGUGUUUAAGAACAGUGACCCUAGUUUGAUAUUUGUUUUUCUAAUGUGUUUUGCCAUUGCCACAAUUUUCUUUGCCUUCAUGGUCAGCACAUUCUUCCAAAGAGCCCAUGCUGGAACUGCCUUAGGAGGCAUCAUCUUCUUCUUCACCUACCUCCCGUACCUGUACCUCACUUUGAGCUACACCCAGAGAAGCUACUUCGAAAAGAUUGUCUCUUGUCUCUUUUCAAAUGUUGCCAUGGCAAUGGGAGUCCAACUCAUCUCCAUGUUUGAGGCACAAGGCACAGGCAUCCAGUGGAGGAACAUGGGCAGUGUGAGCGGAGAGCUGAGCUUCACUCAGGUGCUGCUGCUGCUACUGCUGGACUCUUUCUUAUACUGCUUAGUGGCCUGGUAUGUGGAGUCCAUCUUCCCAGGAAAGUACGGUACACCCAAGCCCUGGUACUUCUUUGCCCUGCCCUCCUACUGGCAUGGAAAACCUGUACCUUUUACACAAUCACUGCUGGACAUGAGGGGUCCUGUAAAAGCUCCGAAAAGCGAGUUUAUUCAGGAAGAGCCUACUGAUUUGAUUAAAGGAAUUGAAAUCCAGCAUCUACGCAAGGUGUUUCCCAGAGGAAGCACUGCACACGUAGCAGUCAAAGAUCUCACCAUGAAUCUAUACAGAGGACAGAUCACUGUUCUUCUGGGACACAACGGGGCAGGAAAAACCUCCACCUGCUUCAUGCUCACAGGUCUCAUUAUGCCUUCAAGUGGACGGGCAUAUGUCAAUGGAUAUGAAAUUUCACAAGACAUGUUUCACAUUAGGAAGAGCCUGGGCUGGUGCCCCCAACACGAUAUCUUAUUUGAAAACUUCACAGUAGCAGAACAUCUUUCUUUCUAUGCUCAGCUGAAAGGCUUAUCCCGCCACAAGUGCCCUGAGGAAGUGAAGCAGAUGCUGCACAUCCUCAGUCUGGAGGACAAGUGGGACUCGCGGAGCCGGUUCCUGAGCGGGGGCAUGAAGCGCAAGCUCUCCAUCGGCAUCGCGCUCAUAGCAGGCUCCAAGGUACCGGGCUCUGGCUCCCGCUCGGCCUGGGCUGGCUGCUGGCCCUGUGACCGCGGCCCGGGCACCUCAGCCCUGGACGCUGUGGACAGCCAGUCUGACGUGGGCCUGGGACGUGGCUCUGCGCAUGAUCCCAUGAACAAACCUUCGCUACACAGUGAGGUGCGGCGCUGGAUCGGUUACUGUCCUCAGUUUGAUGCUCUGCUGAACUUCAUGACAGGCCGUGAGAUGUUGGUCAUGUUUGCCCGGAUCCGGGGCAUCCCCGAGCGCUGCAUUAGUGCUUGUGUGGACCAGAUUCUUGAUGAUUUAGCCAUGGACGUGUACGCCGAUAAGCUGGUGAAGACCUACAGUGGCGGUAACAAGCGGAAGCUGAGCACCGCCAUCGCCCUGAUCGGAGAGCCUGCGCUCAUCUUCCUGGAUGAGCCGUCCACUGGCAUGGACCCCGUGGCCCGGCGCCUGCUCUGGAAUGCCGUGGCCCGGGCCCGCGAGUCCGGCAAGGCCAUCGUCAUCACCUCCCACAGCAUGGAGGAGUGUGAAGCCUUGUGCACCCAGCUGGCCAUCAUGGUGCAGGGCCAGUUCAAGUGCCUGGGCAGCCCCCAGCACCUCAAGAGCAAGUUCGGCAGUGGCUACUCCCUGCGGGCCAAGGUGCGGAGCGAAGGGCAGCAGGAGGCGCUGCAGGAGUUCAAGGCGUUCGUGGACCUGACCUUCUCAGGCAGUGUCCUGGAAGAUGAACAUCAGGGGAUGGUCCAAUACCACCUGCUGGGCCAUAACCUCACCUGGGCAAAGGUGUUUGGCAUUCCGGAGGAAGCCAAGAAGAAGUACAUGUUGGAGGACUACUCAGUCAGCCAGGUCUCCCUGGAGGACGUCUUCCUGAGCUUCACCUGCCCUGUGCCCCUUGUCAAAGGAGAAGACCACCAAGGAUGUUAG